AAUUUGGCGGAGUGAUACAACAGUCCAUAUGUGGAAACCCCGCACAACUCGAAUCAUUUUUCAUUGAACAGUGAAAGUGAUUAGGAUGUGAACUCGGGACAUUGGACUGUGUACUGUGUGUUUGCCUGUGCACGGCUGCACAUAUCGGAAAAUUUCAGAGUUCACCAAACUACGCCGAGGGUGAGAAACGCCUUCGCCGCCGACCUGUUCAAUUUUCCCAGAGGUCACGGGAUCGCAUCGGCUUCACGUACUGGAUCGAAUUAGUGCGACGUACACGUCCCUGGUUCCAAGCGGGGGCGGUCAGCUUGUCUCCCGAGGAACUUGUCUGUCUUCUCAACGCGGUUCCAUCCCACCUGUAUCGCACUACAAGCUAAAGAAGAACCUUAUAUAUACCCAAACUGCACCGAUCGUUGGAAAACAUGAGUGCGGGAGCAGGAGCCAGCGGGGGCCGGAAGAUUCCUCCCCAGGUCCCGCCCAAAAGCCGAGACCGGCCGGUGAGCGUGGCUGAUGCGACUGAGGAGCUGUCAGCUGUGCAGCUACAGGGAGAUGCACAGGGCCUCAGCACACCCUGUGAUGUCAAACUGUCCCACAUCACGUGUGACUCCUUCAAAAUCCAGUGGUCCAUGGACCCCAAGGACCACGUCACCCACUUCUUCAUCGACCUCAACAAGAAAGCCAAUGUCAACAGUGCCAAGAAAGCCUUCAAACACAAGGACGUUCCAACCAAGCUGGUCGCCAAGGCCAUCCCACUGCCAUUCACCGUCAAAGGUCACUGGUUUCUGCAGCCGCGGACGAACUACACGGUGUCGGUGCAGACGGCAUGCAAGUUGCCUGAUGGCGAGUACAAGGUGUCGGAUUGGAGUGAGACAGUAGAGUUCUGUACAGCAGACUAUUCUUCUGUGCAAUUGAACCAACUUCUGGACAAAGCUCGGAACAUUAUGUCAGACCGCAAGCUUCCACUCACGCACUUCUACCGUAACCAGCACCAAGAUUACUUUGACUUCAUGCGGAUGAACCACGGAGGCGUGCUGCAACCGUCUAUAAAAGAUGAUGGCGGAAGCCACGGUUCGCCCAUCAACGGCAACCUAAAGGGAAUCUCCUUCAGUGCAAAUGUUGAAUGGAACGAGCGAGAUGGGCCGCGCAUUCCCAUUGAUUCCCCGUACGGCCGCGAGCGCUUCUUAUGCCCGGCUGCCGCCAUGUUCAACGAGAACGCCAAUCUGUACUUUGCUGAUUUGUAUUGCAUGUACACGGCGUACCACUUCGUCAACCUGGUCCUGACGACAAAAGGUUCAGAAGGGGAUCAGUUCUGCAGUGGUAAGUUGCCGCUCCUAGAUCCUUCAAACAAUGAGUUCCUCACACGCAAGAAACGGGAUGACGGGAGUAUGGAGUUUGCCGUCUGCCAGGACUUGAUCGUGGAGUUGUUUUACACCGAGCCAAUGAAAAUGAAGGAGGGCCAAAUGGUGUCUAUAGAGGGGCACGUAGUACCGAGUUUGUCCACAGAAAAUGCUAAGAAAGACGCAAGCUGUAAAAUGUGCAACAUCAAUAAGUAAGGCCCAGGAAUAAAAGACCCCACAGGUACACUACUAGUAUAUGUCACGUUGUUAUAUGUACAGUCAAACCUGGUCGGGCAUCCACCUGCAGUCACAAGCCACACUGAAACAGUCCCAUAAGAAGACCACCUGCUAAGCAACAACAUUUUUGCAGUCCCCAUCCCAUUCAAGAAACGAUCGAGGCACCCAGUCUAGCAGCGGCCAUUUUAAAAUUAAAUUGUUGAUCCCUGCAGGCGCUAGCCUGGUAACUGUUUAACGGGCUGGCCAAGUCCUAUCAAGCGAUGUAACUUAGUGAGGUCUAGGAGAAAAAUGUUAUGUUUCUGGUUACCUGACCAACCCUAGCCAAAACUUGCUGACCCUUGCUUUUUUGUUUUGGUUAGCUGCUUAAGCAAAGGGCUUGGAAUUUUUGAUCUGACAUCUUUGUUAUGAAAUUCAAAACAGAUGUUCUGCGUUACACUGUUAACAGUUAAAUUCUUUUAACAGUAAGAAUGUGUAGUAAAUAUUGUUCUUUUUUGUUCAGUUUAUUGAUUACUUGUGCUUGUCCAUAUCUGACAUAAUUACUAUAUGAUAUUUAACAUGCCAGUGCCUGAUUGCAUUUCAAUUGCUAAUCUAGUGUUUGUAUUUGUCGGAUCACGUGGGCCGAGAUCUAAAAUAGAAAAAAGAUUCCCGACCUACCGACCCUUUUUUUCUGGGUUGUAACCAGAAACACAAUUUUUUGCUAGGCCUAAAUAUGUACUUGCAUAAGCCAACUGCCUCAUACAUGUACCAAUCAUCCAGCCAACCUGGAGCAACCAUUCCUCCUUAGUAACCGACUUCUGCUCAGUCCCUUGAGUGGCUGCUGAGACCAGGUUUGACAGUAUCACCUUGAAAUGUCUUGAAUAGUCUAAUUGUGUGAGGUGUAUUAUAUGAAGGUCUGGCUAAUCACUAGCACAAAUUUAAUGUUGUCAACAAGUUGAUAUUCACCUCUGCUGCAUCUUAUUAACAGUACACAUUGUACAGCGUGUCUCUCACAUGUAACUUGUAUUCCAGGUGCAGUGAUUAAAGCCUUGGUCACAUACACACAUUAGGCCUGCACCGGGGGCUUUUCUAACUUGCUACGUACGGCACUAUCUUCAAUCAUUUGGGAACUGCAUCAUAUGUUGACUGUGACCCAGGCUUAAACUCCUCACUGAAUACUAGACAUAUUUGAGCCACACAAACAGCUUCCAUUGUGGGAGAAAUCUUAAUGGAUGAGCAUGACAACAUACAUGUAGGCAGUUUGUGAGAUGAAUGCCGUAUGUGUGGUUCAAAUUCUUCUACUAGUUAACGGUAUAAAGUUAACAAGAUUUAUUACUAACUGGACUAUUGGGCCAAAUGUGUGGGACAGAACUGCAUGUAAUUUCAACUGCAGUUAAUCCUCACAGUCUCGAACAUCUGCUGCUCUUUCUUUGUGACCAAAUGUUCAAUUUUUUUUUUCAAAUAUGAUAGAUACCGGUAAGAGGAGAAGUAAUAACUGCCAAAAUUUGACCAAAUUAUAUGAUUAUAUGAAUACUCAUGUCGUUUUGGCUAACAGAUUAUAUUGAUGACUUUCAUGAAGUAACUACAUAGUUCUUGAUGACUGAUCUGUCAACUUAGGUAUUGUACUUAAGAAGAUGGUUAAAGUCAGAAAACAAAGUAUAUCAUCAAGUGUGAAUAAAUAUCAUACUUACCCUUUCAAGUUGGAGAAACCUUAACUAUGAAAAAUCUGCACAGUGUACUUCAGUUUUUAAGAAACAACAUUUAACAUAAAGUGAUAUUGGUUUGGCUGAAACAAUUACAUUACAUGUAACGUUAGUUCCCCUUUAUCCGUAGGGUAACCUAUAUCAGUUGUAUAUAAAAAUAGGGUAUUUGGAGAUCGUUAAGUCAUUGGGAUGUAUUUCACAUUGCAAUAUCUUGAAAAUGUUAACAUUUGAAACCCACGUCGUUGACCGGAAAUCUCUAAAUACCCAUUUUUUAAAACAAUGAAUCUAGGUUACCCCGUGGAUUAAGGUGAACUAGCGUUAACGUGAAGUACAGAAUUCUGGAGAUAGGGAGUAAUGUUAGGUACAGGUCAAACUAAAUUUUGAGGGUUAUAUGAAUAAGCUGGAAGGACCUGAUUGCCAUAGUAUGUUCUCCUAUACAUAUACAUGUAGAAGAAUGAAACGUUAGUCCGUUGAUAUAUGAUGACUGUAUGUACAAUGUAGCACGUAGCACAGCUAUCCCAUGUUGUACUGUAAAACCCAUUUCAUUUCAUGUGAGGAGAAAUUUUUUUUUGCAGUUUUAUUGAGUUUGCGAUAGCGCAAUAGUCAUGCUACAGUAUUGGAAACACCAGCUUCUUAACAGACAGCCAGUCGGAAGGCCUCCAUCUAGCGAUUCAGCAAGGGUACUAAGAGUCAUGGACAGAACAGUUGCCUACAAUACAUCAUUUAGUUCAUAAUACAGUAACUGGACAAUGUGCACAGCAUAUAUUAAUGUUCUAAUGGCAGUCUGCAAAUCUUCCUCCAACCUGAUUCCAGCAUUGAACCUCAAGUAUGUUCAUUCCCUUUCUCCAGUACAACUUGCUUGCACUAUCUGUGGUGUAAUUUUGAAUAAUGUGGUGUUGAACUACAAAGUUAAAUUUGAGAAAAUCUUAUGUCAUAGCAGUGUUUGUUGGCAUAAGUGUCAAGAAAACUCCAUGUUUCAGACAAUUACAGCUUGUUCCAACACAAAAAAAAAUGUAUCAGGUAAUGUAGUUUCCAAUCAAUAGCUAUAAAGUGUCACAUCUGUAAAGUCAGUCAAGUUUAAGUCAAGCCAUCCACUUAUCAAAGUACUGAAACUGCAGGUGUAGCAAUGCAAGAUAGAUGCAUGCAAGGCUGCUACCUCUGCAGUAACAUGGUAAGUCUCUCACAAGUACCUGUCAUGAAAGACCAGCAUUACCCAUGGCCAAUACAAUAUACCUUGGGGUAGGGCUGUCUCCAGCUUGACAUUCUUUUCCCAUCCCACUCAUUUUUUGGAGCCCAUGUUGUUGAUUUUCCUGGUUAUAUAUGUCAUUAUGAAAGUACAUUUUCAAUAGUUUCAUAUCAUUUUUGCAACGGAUGGGGUAAAAUUAUUUUCUCUCCCAACAUUAAAUUUCUGUACUAGGACGGAAGGAUAGGUCCUGGAGACAGCUUUGGGAAGCUUCACUGGGCUGACGUUUCCACUAGUACUAUUGUGGACAUGGCCUCUAACCAGCUGGUAACCAAUCAGAGAAUUGGCUUUACCUAAACAAAAUAUGGACUUGAGGCAAUUCUCUGAUUGGCUGGCAGCUGGUAAAGGUCGGCCACAAAAGUGGAAAUCUCAGCCCAGUUUUGCAGAACCUCCCCAAGGUACAAAUGUAUGUAGUAUAGGCCACGAGUGAGGCUCUGCAUACAAGAACGGUCCCCUAACAUAUGUAACCUUCAAACUUGAAUCAUGUUUCAUAACCCUCAGACCAAACAACGUCAUAACUUUUUUUUGAAAAUGUUUUAAAGUGUACGUCUUCAUUAUGUAUGUUUAUAGCUGAGGUAGUGAAUACUAUUGAUUGUCAAAGCAGAAUUAAUGUUUGUAUAUCUGGCUUUGUAUGAAUAUGUUCUGUAUACAAUGUAUAUUGGGAGCAAAUAUGCUGGUAUGAUGUAUAGAUUGUUGAAUUGUAUAAUCUGCAUAAUCACUUCUGUGGCAGCUUCUGUUGUGUUCUAUUAGGAUCUGAUAUUUUGGCCACCUUGAUUUGAUUACUAGUAUAUGGAUGACAUCCCCUCACACAUCAAUUUUCUUCCCUUUUCUGAAAAAAGGUUUUCAACCAUACUGUAAAUCCUACAAAGCAGGUGCUAAAUGGGCAAAUAUAUGCCAUAGAUUGGAAACUAAAUGCUGUAGACUGCCGAAGUCAAUUCCAAAGUCAAAGAAGAAAAUGUGAAGGAUCAAAAAUUCAGGAUCUAUAAUUGUUGGUAAUUCAACUUGGUCAUUCUUCCCAACCACUUAGAUUUCAUAAUGAAGCCAACCUUCCUUGCCAUAACUUUUUCACAUGCUUACAUCAGUUUUGGAGAUGUCAUCCUAAGGCUUAUUAUUGAAUCAACAUAGACUUUACUAACUCUUCAUGGAUUCGCCAUGGAUUUUAUAGGCUGCUAUUGAUAUUUUGGUUUUUACUCAGUGUGUUUUUGAGAGGGUUUUAGAGUGUGGUCAGCAGAGUAUGAAAUUGAAGGCCUCCCUGUUAAGUUCCAGUCUUCAUUUUACCAUGUCAUACAGUAGUACUAUAAAUGUCCUGUUAAUGUAAUGCCUUCCAGUGUCAAUACCACUGUUACAAUUGAAACAGCGCUAUAAUAAGCCUUCUGAUUGGCUAUGGCACAUUUAACACCCUCUUAAAAAUCAUAUGUCCACGUAAAGAACAAUGAAAAGAUUAGCCUGCAGUUCAGCCUUGUUUGCUUCGAGAGCCGGCUAAAGACAACAAGGCUGAACUCCAGGCUACAAAAAGAUAGCAACAGAAAAAAGUCUCAGCCCUGUCUUCAGUCAAUAUAUACAAUGUAGAAAGAAGGAAGUGACUGAAAUAUCCUCCACUGUAUCUCAAUUUGAAUAACUGAUCUGAAGAUACUGUAAUAUCUUGAUAGCCUGGAAUCCAGUCGUGUUGUGCUUUGGUCGUUCCCCAAAGGUAUGCUUCCUACCAACAUAUCUGGUGUUCGUUACCAUUUGAACGAUCGGCAUUUGCAUAUUCACAGAGAUUUUAUGCUAGAUUUCUGAUUGGGUGGUUCAAGCGCUCGUUCAAACAGGCGUUCUAUUAUCAUCAAUGACCCAUCUUCUUCGAGACUAUUGGAACGAUCUGAUAAAUCAAACUCUUGCCAUACUCGAUUGGCAAGAGUGCUACUCAAACAUCCUUUACGUAUUGAAAAGCCUCUAAGGUCUCUGUUUGCUCGUUUUAGUAAAGAAAUUCCGGGUAAUUUGCUGGGUAGUUCAGGCAUUAUGAACGUCUGAUGUGGCGGCCAUGUUGAUGAUAAUGGAACGGCUGUUCGAACGAGUGAGUGAACCAUCCAUUAUUCAGUUAAUCAGAAAUCUUGCAUAAAAUCUCUGCGAAUAUGCAAAUGCCGGUCGUUUAAAUGGUAACGAACACCAGACCUGUUGGCAGGAAGCGUACCUUAGGGGAGCGACCAAAGCACAACAUGGCUGGAUUCCAGGCUAAUAUCUUGAUGUAUGAAAAUUGUAAAUGUGCAAAGACAUAAAGCUCUAAAUAAUUAGAGAAGAGUGAUGACAAAGUGAAAAUUAUGUAAGAUAUUAUCCAUAGUGAACUGAGGAACAUAGAAAUAUAUACAUGUAUAUCACAACAAUAAAUUAUGUCCAAACUUAGCUUUGUGAUUUUGUUGCUCAUUAAAAUAAAAUUGAAAUUACCCCAGACUGACAUAA